CCACGCUCGAAGGCAACUUUCCUGUCGACGUCAAAUUUAUGCCUUUUACGCGUAAGUAUGGGGAGACGUCCGUGUCUCACCGUCGUCCCAUUUAUGCAAGCAGUAGUAUUUUGAAGGGCCGUAGUGCCUUCUUGGAAAGCUAUAUCAACGAUUCUUACGCUGAGGAUGAAUCACCGCCUGUCACCUGCCAGUAUCCAUAUGAUGAAGACAGUGAUUUCGAAUCUGACUUGGAGGACGAGGAUCCCCCUUGCGACGUCCCUCCAAUGUCUAACAGCGCGACCAUAGAACCACAACCGGAAGCACUUUCCCGUGCCUUAUCUCCAGUCAAUAUCACAGACCUAGAUACAGUCCAGCCCGCGCCACGCGAAUUUUGUAGCGGUGAAAAGUCAUAUGCAGCAUCGAUAUUCGACUCGCCACCCUUAUCUGCUACAUCUUGCAAAAAAUCACCGGCCAAGAGUUAUCGCUCUCUUGACUCAAUCGACACUCAGUCCCGAGGAAAAUCUGAUUGUAUUAGUGUUUGUGAAUCUGAAAAGGCAGAAUCUCCCGUCUGCGAUGAAUCCAUGGAUCGGUUUGCUGAGGUUACGAAUCAUCGUGUGGAAGAUUACCUAGCCGCUACAGCGGAGCCUCAAGAUAAACCUACGACGUCGCUUCCACGCCUGGUAUUGGUUAACGACGUGGCUUUCAGGACCUUCCGAGCCUUGAUGGUAUACAUGUAUACCAAGGAGGUCGCUUUCAUCCCGCUCAAAUCCAGCGGUGGUCGCUCGUACAACGUCGGUGACGCAUGUUCUCCGAAAUCAAUGUACCGCCUUGCAGUCAAAGCCAACCAUGAGGGUCUGAAGGAACACGCAUUCGACAAUUUACGCUCUCAGCUCGGGCCAGCGAAUAUCAUCACGGAAAUCUUCUCGAAGUUCACUAAAGAUUACCCUGAGAUAUUUGAUACGGAAUUGACGGUCUUGUUGGAUCACUUUACGAAUUCUACGGUAAGGGACGAGUGGGAAAAGAUGAUAGACUUGGUGGCGAGCGGUCGGCUUCCACACGGCGCAGACAUUUUGAAGAAAGUGACUCGUGUCUCGCGCACUUAACUAACAAUUACCCGACUUUGCCCGGCAAUCUUUUGUACUAUUUCAUUCAUCAAACUGGUCAUGUAUAUUGCCCGCUACUCGAAUUCCAUCGGACCAUCAAUGCAUCUUGGGUCAUCUUUCGCUUC